CACCGGGUUUCCAAUGCGCGCGCGUGUGUGUCGGGUGGGGAGUGAUAGCUGUCGUGAGGAGGCCCUGAACCUGCAAGAUCUGAGCAGGAAUAGAAUAGCUUUAUUGUCAUUGGACUACUUACUGCACAGCGAAAUUAAACACCUACCCUAACAUAAACCACACCCCGGUGGCGCAAUGGCAAUGGGAGGACUCAAUCCGGAGAGAGCGCGGAUGAGCUCCCCCCGUCAGCUCCAGCUCCCCGUGCGGGGACAUGAGAGAAGCUUCCCACAAGGAUGGCAAAACAUCCAAACAUCUGGGCAUCCCCUGCGCAACAUCCUUACAGACUGCCAAUUUUCUCACACCAGAAGCAACUUGGUGCUCCUGACACACACAAAAACCCACAUAACAACAUACUGCACAACUCCCAGUGCCAACCCACAGAGUUCAACAUAGCCACAGCUGGAGGAGAAAAGCUCUGUCUGUCUGUCCUUGUCUUUCUCACCCUGUACCAUCUGCCAGAUGGCAAUUUUUUUAAAGUUUGCUAUUGAGGACAGGGUGCUUCUACUCUGGAGAAUGAAUGCAGUUUGACACCACUUUAACUGCCUUGGCUCAAUCCUAGGAGCUGUAGUUUGGUGAGGCGCCAGCACUUUUUUGGCAAAGAAGUCUACAGACCUGGUAAAACCACAGCACUGCACCAUGGCAGUUAAAGUGCUGUCAAACUGCAUUCAUUCUACAAUGUAGACGCACCCUUGGAGACCUCCAAUUCAUAGGAUUUCUGUAAGUCGAACUCAGCUUGGUGGCAAUCGACAGCAAGAAACUUCUCUGAGUCUCAGUGGCUGUGUAGACUAAACUUCUCAGAAGAACACGUUUCUUGCUCUUGAACUAGCCUCACUUUUGAGAAGAAACCAUUUCUAAAAGUCAUGGAUAAGGAAGGAAUCGUGUCCACUGCCUUCAUUUUUCUUCCAGUUACAGGUUCUUUUGAAGGUCUUGAGCGAAGUCUGUGUGAAGACAUCUUGUUCCCUGUGACUGUGGAUGUGAAGUGCGCAGUCAUUUGGAGUUUUCAGGUCUGUCACAAGAUAUGUUGCCGCCUGAGGCCCAAGAGAAGCAAGUCCUCCCCUCUUAUCUCCAUAGAGAACCAAACUGGACAGUCCUUUUAAUCUUCAACGCUGGCAAUUAGCCAUGAAUCCUGAACCAGAUUUUUAUGCUGAAGAACAAGCCUCUGAUGAUGAUUCUGACACAGAAAAUAGUUCCGAUCCAGACACCCAGGCCCAGGAGUAUGUUGACCGUAUUCUUAGGUCUUCGGGCCAGCCCUGCCAAGCAUCUAAGUGCCUGCCUCCUGAAUCUCUCUCAGUAGAAGAGGGAUCACAGGAGGUGGAGAAACAGUCUCCUCAUUUGGACCUAAAAAAGUCUCCUGUUACUGAUGAGGCAGCUUCAAGGCUGUUAUCUCUUCCUCUGGAGCUGAUCUUGAAAAUCUGUUCGUACCUUCAGGCCAGGUUUGUCUUGGGUGUCCUUCCUUUGGUCUGCAAGACAUUAAGGGACAUUGUGCAGGAUGACAUCACUUGGAGAAUUCGCCUGCUAAAGAAGAUUGGCAGCUGCUAUCCGGUUGUGAAAGCAGAUGGUGACUUUAAUUGGCCAACCGCAUGCAUUGAGCUAGAGGAGCACCUCCAGAAAUGGGCGGAAAAUGGCAGAGAUAUAGACUACUUUUCCCUUACUGAGGGACACUUUGCCUCUGUUGACUCUGUGCUGCUCAUUCAGGGUGGGGAGUUAUGUGUGUCUGGUUCUCGGGACCGAAAUGUCGUAUUGUGGGACCUGAGGCAGUUAGGCAAAGCACAUGAAAAGGUGCUGGUGAAGACACUGGGAACAGAGCGCAAUAGCACUCAUAAGGGCUGGGUGUGGUCACUGGCGGCAAGAGAGGACCGUGUGUGUUCAGGCUCCUGGGACAGCACAGUGAAGCUGUGGGACAUGGCUGCAGAGGGGAAACAAUUUGAUGAAAUCAGUGCAACAGCAGCUGUGUUAUGCCUUGCUUACCUCCCUGACAUCCUGGUGACAGGAACCUAUGACAAGAAGGUGUCAGUAUAUGAUCCACGAGCUGCUCAAGCCCUAGUGAAAAGGCGCAAGCUUCAUUCCAGCGCAGUCCUAUCCCUUGCAGCUGAUGAGCACUUCAUACUCUCUGGAAGUGAGGACCGGACACUUGUGUGUUUUGACAGGCGAACGAACAGUGUCCUGCAGAGGCUGCCGCUGGACACCUACCUCCUUUCUAUGUCAUAUCACGGCAAUCAGCUGUGGGCUGGAGACAACCAUGGGCUGGUGUAUGUCUUUGAGAACAAAGGAGGGGGCUUUCAGCGCAUCCAGCAUUUCAAUGUGGGUCAUCACUCCCAGAUCACUGGAAUCCAACAUUCGCUGGGAGCCCUGUACACAACUUCCACUGACAAGACGCUGCGUGUACAUCUUCCCACAGACCCACCCAAGAUUGUUGGUUCACGGACACAUAAUUGUGUAUUAAAUGGGAUCAGUGUUGCAGGAAACAUGGCAGUAGCUGCCUCUGGUGGUAUCUCUUUGGAAGUCUGGAGGUUCGGCAUGGGAUGACAAACCUUGAUCCACACUGAAAUUCAAGCGUCCCAGGUGAUCGCCUCUCGGGGUCCGAAGUGCCACUCCUUGCUGAGUUGUUGGUCUUUUGUUUUGCAUGUGUUGUAAAGUCAGGGGGGUGAGUUUCAGCUUGAAUUAGUCUCAUGUAAGUAUACCAGACAGUCUUGGACAGAGAGUGGUGUGCCAGUGUUCAUCCCGGCCCCUUCCCUGGCAGCUCUCAUAUCUUCUUCAUGAGCACUCAUGGCAUCCUCUGAUCCCUUGGCCACGCCUAACAUACCUGUCUUCAGUGGCAUAGUGUCUCAGGGCUGGUCAUUCAAAGAAAUGGGUAUGAGAGUGAACAAGUGCCUCUGAGCCCAAGAAGUGUCAACCUGAGGAAGAGGAGGAGUGGGCAGAAAUAAAGGAGGGGAGUAAAUGAACCUCUCGCUAACCUGUUCUGAUAACUGUUUACAUUUUAAUUAAAGAUGUUCUACAAUGA